UUUGCUUAACAAAAUAUCCCCCACUUCACACUACUAAACUUUUAACUCAACAUUAUAAUUUCUUUACUUUCUCACUCUAAAAAAACAAAACACAAUGGAAGGGAGCAGUAGUGAUGUUGUAAUGUCACCGGUAGGAGCAGCAUCACCGUGCUCCACCGGGUCUCCGAACUCUCCUCCUCCUUGUUCCGGCCACGGCCACCAGGCGAGUUAUGGUGGUCCGCCGGUAAUAAUGAGCCCUUGUGCGGCUUGCAAGAUCCUUCGCCGUCGGUGUGCUGACAAAUGUGUGUUGGCUCCUUAUUUUCCACCAACUGAUCCUCUCAAGUUUAGCAUUGCUCAUAAGGUGUUUGGUGCUAGCAAUAUCAUCAAGUUGCUACAGGAGCUUCCAGAAUCACAAAGAGCAGAUGCAGUAAGCAGCAUGGUAUACGAGGCGAACGCUCGACUACGAGAUCCGGUGUACGGAUGUGCCGGAGCAAUAUGUCAGCUUCAGAAACAAGUUAGUGAGUUACAAGCUGAACUAGCUAAGUCAAGGGCAGAGGUUGUUAACAUGCAAUGCCAACAAGCUAAUUUACUUGCUAUAAUUUGCAUGGAAAUGACACAAUCAUCCUCACAAGAUGUUGUCAUGCCUACUACAUCAUCGUCGCCACCACCACAAGACCCUUCAUCGUACGAGACUAGCCCGAUCAAUAGCUACUUAAGCUUCUACGAGGAUAACAACAACUUAAGCUCCAUUUGGGAUCGAGAGCCUCUUUGGACUUGAAUUAAUAAUUACGUAGUAGAAGAAAAAAAAUAAUUAAAAAUUAAAAGUUAAAAAUUAAAAAUU